AUGACGACUGAUGAUGUUCCUGAGAUUCCCACGGCCCGAAAGGCUGUGGUACUAGAACCUGUCACAUGGCUGCAAAGUAUUUUGGCGCGGAAAGCAAAUUGGUGGAUGUGCGAAAUUGAUAUGGAUUAUAUUAUGGAUCCAUUCAAUGCGGUUGGAAUCGAUGAGCAGGUUUCACUGGCUCGAUCCGGGUUGGCCCUCCUUAGACGCAGGGAUCGUCCAAUUGAUAAAAUUGCUGAUGACCUGGCAGCCGAUGCUAUAAACGUCUAUGGGCUGCUGCAUGCUAGAUACAUUUUGACGAAAGAUGGCAUUCGCAAGAUGAUGAACAAAAACCUCAGGCGUGAAUUUGGAUGUUGUUCGAAGGUUGGAUGCCAAAUGGAAGCCCUUUACCCAACCGGGCUGUAUGAUGAAGUCGGCCGAUCAAGGGUGAAGCUAUAUUGCCCGAGGUGUCGUGAGCUCUACCAUGCCGAAGCAAACGUCACCCUUGAUGGAGCAUUUUUUGGAACUUCCUUCCCGCACAACAUAUAUUUUGAACGUCGUGACCUACUGCGUCCAACGCCGAUACACAUUGUUUUGAAAAAACCGUUUCAGGUAGUAAACUCCGAGAAUCAGUCAAGACGCCGUGUAGUUGCAGCGGAACAGAGGCUGGCCCUGGGCCAUGCUAAG